AAAACCGAAAUAAAAAAGAAAAAGAAAAAGAAUUAAUUUUCUCCGAUUUUCUUUUAUAUUAUCAGUCGGUUUUCAGCGGAAAAAACAUGCAGUAUAGGGUUAGGGUUUUCAACAAUGGAUUCUCCUGAACGAACUCAGAUCACUUCUCCUUCUCCUGUUCAAGACUCGCCUCUUUUUAAUUUUCUGAGUACAUUAUCUCCAAUAAAGCCGGUGAAGUCGCGAACUGCUGCUCAAGGGUUUACAGAAUAUAAUUUUCCAUCUCCGGUGUUUACGUCACCGCGUAUUAAUCCACAAAGAGAAACUGGUUUCUCAAAAGGGUCACAAUGUGUUCUUUUAUCCAAAAUGAAGCCGUCAGUCGAGGAGGAGGCAGAUGGCUCAUUUGCUUCUGAACAAUCUAUUACUAAAUCAAUUGGUGAUGGACGAACUUCUUGCUCAUCCAAAGAAUGUAAUAAGGACUCUGAGCAAACUAUUCCCCGUAGUUCUCCAGGCUCUGUCAGGGAAUACCUGGCUGAUACUGUAGUGGUGGGCAAAGCUGAUGUUGUGAACUCUACUGCCUCUACUGAGUUACUUGUGAAUCAAGCCCAUGAUGUCUCUCAUGGUUGCAUCAGCUCUAAAGAGAAUUUGGCGAACCUUGCUAAUGAUCCUGUAGCAAAAGAUACAGAGGCUGAAGCGGUUGCAUCACAUACAUUGUUAGAAACAGCUGAAGAAGACUUGCUAGUUACCGAACCUGUCUCUGGAGAGCAACCUGCUAUAGUAGCAAACCAAAUGGAGCCAACUUCUGUGGAAGCGGAUGCGGAUGGACCUGCUUGUUCCAUAAGUCUUUAUCACCAUAGCUUGCAGGAUGCCGAAGUUAGUCAACAAAGUGCUUUGGAAUGUACUCGUCAGUUGCCUUGCGAGUCUUUACAAAUGACCCAGGCACACGAUGACCGUGAUGAAAUUCAAGGAGUAACAUAUGAUGGAUCUGUUGAGAGCAGUGUCUUCUAUGAUUGCGAGGAGGGCAAUCAACAACAACGUGGCACUCUUAGGCGAUGCCUUCAGUUUGAGACUGCACAAGCUCAGGGUAAUACUUUCUGCAACAGCUCUUGGAAUGCACCAAAUGAUCUCAAUUCAAGGUCGCCAGCAAGUUCUACAGACUUGGAAAUCGGGGCUCCAUUGCAACGAAAAUCUAGAUCAGCUUCUCGCAGUAGCCAACCAGUCAACACUUCUCGACGCAUUACUUCGAAGAAGUUUACUAUCACAAGAGUUACAACAAUAGAAACCCAUGAGGUCGGUAGAUCCACUCGAAACAGUGUAAUUUCUUCAGCAAAAGUCCGCAUGCCAUCUAUCGGAUUGCACUUAAAUAGCAUAGUCAAUACUUCUGCUAGCUCAAAAUUUAUUGCGAAAAGUUGUUCAUCUUCACAUAGUCGAAAGACAUUAUGUAUAACUGAACAAGACUUGCGUGAUAGCUCAGUGAAUCCAUCACUUUCUACUGGUAAAUUUUCGGAUACCUUAGAUAAUAAUCAGCAAGGUAGUCUUGCUACAGCCAGAGAAAGUGCUGCCACUUUCCCAUCCUCUCGUGAUAUGAACCUUAUGAAUGAAGUUCUCAACUUUGAAGAAGAGAAUGUGGAUCAUGCGACUCCAUGUGACAGUUGGAAUACUGCUUCAGAAAACUCUCUCAGGUUUGAGGAGUUUAGUGAACCACCCUCCAAAAAGAGAAGGAAGAAGACACCACAAAGCAUUGACAGUAGUGAGGGUUGUAGGGGUUGCAACUGCAAGAAGUCUAAAUGUUUGAAACUUUAUUGCGAGUGUUUUGCUGCGGGAAUGUAUUGUUCGGACUUUUGUUCAUGCGUAGGGUGCUUCAACAAGCCUGAAUAUGAAGCAACUGUUCUUGCAACCAGGCAUCAAAUUGAAUCUCGCAACCCAGAUGCGUUUGCACCUAAAGUUUUAGGGACAUAUAAGGAAAUCGGCAACCAGGUGACACCAUCCUCAGGCAGGCAUAAAAGAGGAUGCAACUGUAAGAAGUCCAAGUGUCUGAAAAAAUAUUGCGAAUGCUAUCAGGCUGGCGUUGGAUGUUCUGAUGGAUGCCGAUGUGAGGGAUGUCAAAACGCAUUUGGGGUGAGAGGAGGUUACGAUGAAUCUAGGGAAAUGUUAUACAGAAAGAUUGAAGAUGAAAAGUGGGAUGAUUCAUCAGGUGAUAAACUGGAAAUGGCAAACAGAAGCAAUUUGUUGCAGCUAGAGCUAGAGCUACCGAAUCCAGAUAACCUCUCACCUCUGACCCCAAUGUUUCAGUCCUCGAACCAUGGAAAGGAUACGGCCAAAUCUAGAUUACAAGCAAGCAGAUACGAUCCGUCACCUGAAUCCGAGAGACAAUUGAAAACAGAUCAAGGGACAUCAGACGUGAUUACUCGUGAUUUGGAAUCAGAAUGCAGUAUAGCUGGGAGCGCGAAUCCAGUUUUGCAAAGACAUGAUGAACUUACAGAUUUGUGUGAUCUCACUCCGUUGCCAAACAUACUGUCUUCUAGGGCUAAAGCGUCAUCAUCUUCAUCCAAAAGUGCAGGCAGUGCAAAGGCUUCAGAGGGUCGUUUACAUCCUGGAAGUGUUUCCUUGUCGUCAGCUGCUUCCCAUGGUUGGCGUGGUUCACCUGUUACUCCAUUACCACGGUUGGGUGUGAACAAGUACCCCCAAGAGCCUGACUCUGACAAAAGUACGCUAUGUCAGAUCCAGGAGGAUGACACUCCUGAAAUACUGAAGGACACUCGAACACCCAUCAAAGCUGUGAAAGCAAGUUCCCCAAGUCAAAAACGUGUUUCUCCUCCACAGAACCACUCACCAGAGCCAAGGUUAACCUGUUCACCAAGCUUAAUCCGUUCACCAAGCUUAACUGGUUCACCAAGGUUAACCUGUUCACCAAGCUUGAAAAGUGGCCGCAAGUUUGUGUUGCGUUCUAUCUCUGCAUUCCCUCCUCUCACUCCAUAUAGUGAUCCUAAAGGGGGUCGUACUGAUAAAUGAGUUGUCACUGCAUGAAUUUGAGAUUUUCAACGGCAGCUACUGCUCUGUGAACUGCUAAAAUAAUUCUGAAGACCGUAAGUUGAAUUACUAUUGGCAGUUGUCCGAGGCUUCAAAAGGUUUGGAUAGAAAACUAACGAUUUGUAUAUCGUGAGGUUUUGGCAGUUGUUAAUCCUUCAACAAGAUUUCUAUCUGUGCUGCUCCUACUACUAUGGGUCUAGACGUGCAUUCUUACUCAUAUAUACUUGAUGUAACCAAGUAGCAAUAUAUAAUCAAUAUUUAGCCAUCCCUUGUUGUCGAAGAAGCUGAUUAGCGUCAUGUGUGUUAAAAAUGCAUCAUGAUGAUGAUCAUCUGGAUUUUCAUUAUAUUUUUCUAUUAUAUUAUUUUGUAUUACAUGGUUAUAGUCUUCUCGACUUGUACUGUGAAAAUAGUUGUGCUUCGUCAAUAAUGACUUAGCUGGUGUCUGUACCUAAUCGGAAAUAAAUGAUUCUUUCUUUGAGGUGCUCAAAUUUUUACUGAAU